GUCCGCGCCGCUGCAGCGAUUCACGUUCUGGGCGACGAGGAAACAGCCGUCGUCUUCCUUGCGGCUCCUGCGGCGGCCGUCCACCGCGACGGCCUGCUGGACGUCCUCGGCGACGUGAGAUGCCCCGCCACACGCCGCGGGCCUGCAGCAGCGGCAGCAGCGGGGCCUUCAGGACCGUCGGGCGCUAGCGUCAGUUGCCUCCCAGCGGCGGCGGCCGACACUGGCCGACAGGACGAGAAGUCCCAAGCGGCUGGCCCCACUAGCCCCACUGAGGCGCAGGCCUCUAGCUCCAUCGCCGGUGGCGUGUCCAACUAGGAUAGCUCGCCAUGUCUGCUAUGCUGUUGGCGGUGGCACUGUCCGCACUGCUCGCGGGUUGCGCCGGUCAGCAAGGCCAGCAGGCUGACGCGCAGGUGCCCGUGGCGGUCCCCCCGGCGGUCCCUCAGGUGCAGGGCGGCCCCCAGGGUGGCCCCCAGGGUGCGCCCCCGAGCGCCCCGCAAGGCGCCUCCCAAGGCACCCCCCUAGGCGCCCCCUCCGGUGCGGCCGUCGCCACCCCGAGCCUCACUCCAGCCCCCGUGGCCCCCGCGGUCGUGGCCCCCGACACCAACCUGGGCCCCAGUGCGUCGGCGACGUCGGCCCCCGUGCCUCCACCGCCUGCCCCCGAAGGCGGGCCCCCGCAGCCGCAGCCCUCGGCGUCGACCACGGCCACGGCCACGCCGGGCACGCCGGCGGGAGCCUCCGCGUCGGAGAUGCCCGAGCAGGCCGAGCAGGCCGCGGAGGAGGACCCCGAGGAGGAGGAGCAGCCGGCGUGCGUGCACGUGCCGCGAGAACUGUGCCCGCCGGCCAACGAGCUGUGUCGCUGCCUCCUCGUCAACGGCACCUCCACGGGCGUCUGCUGCGACGUGACCUCCGUGCUGCAGCUCAAGGAGAGCCUCAACUGCCAGAGCCUGGGGUCAAACAUUACUGCUCUUCAUGCUCGCAACAUUACUUUACACUCGCUGGAUGUGAGUGUGCUGAACCUAACUAAGUUACACUUGCCACAAUUGGAAUCGUUGGCCAUCACCGAUGGACAUAUUGUGGAACUCAAAGGAAAUUUGGAAGCAAGAAAUUUGGCCUGUUUGAACCUCUCGAGUAACAGUUUGAUCAGUGUGUCGAACAGUACUUUUGCGUCUCUCCAUUCUCUGCAAAAUUUGGAUCUUUCUGGGAAUGAAUUUCGACACCUAAUUCAUCUUAAUUCUAGUGUGCCUGAGUUCCAGCUAGAUGUGUCACGCAAUGACAAACUGUCUUGUGAAAGCAUCUGGGAUCUUAUAAAGCACAGUUCACAGUUCACAGCAAAUCUACAGUUCAGACAUGAAAACAACACUCAUUGUCUAGCAUCAAGAUCAUUCCAUUGGUUCAAUUCCACAGAUAGAAUGUCUUUAUCUUCUCUAAUGGUGCUAAACAAGCUUGAACAAGAAUGUCCACGUGGUGAGAGUGAACCUUGCAUUUGCAGAACUGCCAUGCUAGACAUGAUACUUAAGAAGACUCCAAAAUAUUCUUUUAGUGUGGAUUGUUCCAACAAGCGUUUGACUAAACUUCCAGCUACUCUUCCCAAGAACACUAUAUCCUUAAAUAUCAGCUCAAAUAAAAUAAGUGACUUGCAGGAACUUAGUAUUAAUGCAAAUUAUGAGAGUAUCCGUGAAUUUUUUGCUGAUGACAACCAGAUUACAUCCAUCACAGCUCUUGAAGGCUCAACCUUCAUUGAGAAUUUUGUAAUUCUCAGUCUACGAAGCAACAAUAUAACAUCCUUGCCCACCUACAUGUUGUCAAAUGUAUUCAAUAGAAACUGGGAUGAAAAGAUAGUUCGUCUGGGACUAAAUCGAUUUAAGUGUGACUGCAGCACUGCACAAUCUACAAAGAUGUGGUUGAAUGCUAACUAUAAACACAUUCCUGAUUACAAUGAAGUCUUAUGCGAGAAUAUGCGUGAGAAGGUUUUUGAAUUAGAUCAGUAUAAGGUGUGCACCGUGCAAUCCGACUGGACGGACUAUGUGUACUAUCUUGUUGCAGCUGAAGUUAUGUUGCUCAUUCUGUUAAUUUCUAAAGUAUCUUAUGAUUACUGGGUCUUCAAGACUGCUGGCUAUUUGCCAUGGCCAGCGUCAAAAAUGCCCAAAUUACCUUGUGACUGGGUGUUCGAAUCAUAAAAUAAUUUACAAGUAAGCAAAAUUUGUGCAUUUUCUUGCCACUUAUUCUUAAUUGGCAUGACAUGAGAUCUAGGUAAGAAGUUUGAGAAGUUCUCAUAUUUUAAGAUGAUGGCUGUGAGCCUGUAAGGCAUAUAGUUAAACCUAGUCAAACCAAUGUUUCGGAACAUCUAAACAAACUAUGUUACCUCCAGCUUGCGACCUGCCUUUUGCAAAGUCAAGGGUUUCGCAGCUGCGAAGGGUCCUGAGCUGAAGUUCCCGACUGUGUGGCCUAGCUUGAAUUUUUGUAACUGUUCAAUGAGUACAAGUGUUCUGUGUUGCCAUGUGUCUUAUUUAAGGAAAUUAGCUCUAAUUUCUAAACAAAAUGUAUUCUUUGGUUCAAUUGUUUCGUUUUCUGCAAGAUAGCCAAAACACACAUGAAUUACGAUUUAUGGCAGACUGGUACUGAAGACUGAAACAAUACAAAUAAAUAUAAUACAUCACAUAGUGAAAAUUCA